AUGAGUGAUCGCAAUACUAGUAAUAGACUAACCUUAAAAGAACGAAUGUUAAGUGCUGGUACAGGAUCACUACUCACCUCUUUGAUCUUAACACCGAUGGAUGUCGUGAGAAUACGACUACAACAACAGCAGAUGAUUCCCGACUGUUCAUGCGAUGGGGCACCCGAGUUAUCCAGCGCCGUUGGUUCAGGAUCAAAACUUAAGACGUUGACCGAUGUCAGAGGGCAAAACUUAAACAACGGGAAAAUAUUUUGGGAGAGUGCGUGUUUUCAAGAAUUACACUGUAAAAACUCUUCGCUGAAGUUCAAUGGCACUCUGGAAGCAUUUACGAAAAUUGCCAACGUUGAAGGUAUAACGAGUUUAUGGAGGGGUAUUUCUUUAACUCUACUGAUGGCUAUCCCCGCUAAUAUGGUCUACUUUAGUGGAUAUGAAUACAUAAGGGAUAUCUCCCCCAUUGCUUCGACGUACCCGACGUUGAAUCCCCUCUUUUGUGGAGCAAUUGCGAGAGUAUUUGCAGCAACAAGUGUUGCACCCUUAGAACUAGUAAAAACUAAGCUGCAAAGUAUACCGAGGUCAUCAAGGUCCACGAAAACAUGGAUGAUGGUUAAGGAUUUGUUGAACGAGACGAGGCAAGAAAUGAAAAUGGUAGGUCCUUCUAGGGCUCUUUUUAAAGGUUUAGAGAUCACUCUGUGGAGAGACGUUCCUUUCAGUGCAAUAUACUGGAGUUCGUAUGAACUCUGCAAGGAGAAACUAUGGCUGGAUUCUAGUCGAUAUACAUCGCAGAAUUCCAACUGGAUUCAUUUCAUAAACAGUUUUGCCAGCGGUUGCAUAAGUGGGAUAGUAGCAGCUAUUUGCACACACCCCUUUGAUGUCGGUAAAACGAGAUGGCAAAUAUCCAUGAUGAACAAUAAUGACCCGAAGGGUAGCAACAGGUCUAGGAAUAUGUUUAAGUUUCUAGAGACCAUAUGGCGUAAGGAAGGUUUUGCUGCUCUUUAUACGGGCCUCGCCGCCAGAGUGAUUAAGAUAGCGCCAAGUUGCGCUAUUAUGAUUUCUAGUUAUGAGAUCUCCAAAAGAAUAUUUGGAAAGAAAUUGCAUCAGUAA